AAUCGGAGUGGAGGGCUUAGGCUAAUUAGAGGUGGGAUAGGGCUAAGUCUAAUUAGAAAGGUCAGGAAAGGCGGUGCGGAGGAGCUCGUGCUCCGAGACAGCAGGCCUGCUAAACACGAGCGGAACACGUCAAAGCCAGUGUGGCGCCUGGACCGGACCGGAUCGUCGAAAGCCGGUACCGAUUACCGGUCGCCGGCCAUGCCGGACGGCUGUGAAGACGGCAGUGGGUCAGUCGUGGUCGUGCCUCUCGUUCUCCCUCGCUCGGUGCCCUAAUGACCCUCUCCUCCUCCCGUUUGCUCAUCUCUCUUUCUUCUGCCUUCUUUCCGAUUUCUCGAGUUGUGCUCCUCACGUCCGCUAGUCUCUCCAAUUGCCUGCGCUUCAUCUCGGACUUUUUGCUGUUUAGGAGAUGACGGAGUGAGGAGAGAUUUGUUGCCGUUUAAUAAGCUCCUUUUCGCCCAGGGCGAGCUCGAUUUGGGCACGUUCUGUUUUAGUUCCUGUCGAGAGGAAGAUCGAGAGAUCGACUAGAAGCGGAGUAGAGAAGGAAAACUCGAGGUUUUGCCUUUCUUCGUGGAUUACCGGGAGCUGAGGGUCCCUUCGUGAGUGCAGCAAUGGCAGGGGGAGGGUUUCGAGUGUUGCAUCUUGUGAGGCCGUUUUUGUCAGUGCUACCUGAGGUCCAGACUGCCGAUAGGAAGGUCCCGUUCAGAGAGAAGGUUUUGUACACUGUUGUUUCUUUAUUCAUUUUCUUAGUAUGUAGUCAGCUUCCUCUCUAUGGGAUCCACUCGGCGAACGGGUCGGACCCCUUCUACUGGAUGCGUGUUAUUCUGGCUUCCAACAGGGGUACAGUCAUGGAGCUCGGUAUCACCCCUAUCGUUACAUCCGGCUUGGUCAUGCAGCUUUUGGCUGGUUCCAAGAUCAUCGAGGUCGACAACAGUGUCAAGGAGGACCGCGCUCUUCUGAACGGUGCCCAAAAGUUGUUGGGAGUGAUGAUCACCAUCGGAGAAGCCGUGGCAUACGUUCUAUCUGGGAUGUAUGGUGAUGUCAGAAAUUUGGGAGCUGGAAAUGCCAUUUUGAUCAUCGUUCAGCUGUUCUUUGCCGGCAUCAUCGUCAUCUGCCUCGACGAAUUGCUCCAAAAGGGCUACGGACUAGGCUCUGGAAUCUCCCUGUUCAUUGCAACCAACAUCUGCGAGAACAUCAUCUGGAAGGCAUUCAGUCCUACCACCAUUAACAGUGGUCGUGGUGCUGAGUUCGAGGGAGCCGUGAUUGCCUUGUUCCACCUUUUGAUCACGAGAACUGAUAAAGUGCGAGCUCUGAAGGAAGCAUUUUACAGAACGAACCUUCCCAAUGUCACCAAUUUGCUGGCCACGGUGUUGGUAUUCUUGAUCGUAAUUUACUUUCAAGGAUUUCGAGUGGUUCUUCCGGUGCGGUCGAGAAGUGCCCGCGGGCAGCAAGGCUCAUACCCGAUCAAGCUUUUCUACACCUCGAACAUGCCCAUUAUUCUGCAGUCAGCACUCGUGUCCAAUCUCUACUUCAUCUCCCAGCUUCUGCACAAGAGGUACAGCGGUGUCUUCCUUGUCCAGCUCCUUGGUAAAUGGAAGGAGUCUGAGUAUUCUCAGAGUGCCCAGUUGAUCCCUGUGGGAGGUCUGGUGUACUAUAUUACUCCCCCCUCAAGUUUGGGCGACAUUGCUGCCAAUCCUUUCCACGCUCUUUUCUACUUGACUUUCAUGCUGACUGCUUGCGCCCUUUUCUCGAAGACAUGGAUUGAAGUUUCCGGUUCUUCAGCAAGGGACGUCGCUAAGCAGCUCAAGGAACAACAAAUGGUGAUGCCUGGCCAUCGUGAGUCGAACUUGCAAAAGGAGUUGAACCGGUACAUCCCAACAGCAGCCGCCUUCGGUGGAAUGUGUAUCGGAGCUCUGACAGUUGUGGCAGACUUUAUGGGUGCCAUUGGUUCAGGAACCGGAAUCUUGCUCGCCGUGACCAUUAUCUACCAAUACUUUGAAACCUUCGACAAAGAAAGAGCUAGUGAGCUUGGGUUCUUUGGCUUCUGAGACCUUUAGGUUAAUGAAAAUUUUGAUUCGGCUUUUUGAGAUAGAAUAUCUCUGAAGUGAGUCUUACACAGCACCAACCACAGGUAAGAGGGGGUUGUAUUUAGUCAAGGUUGCGAAUCAAAGUGGAGUUGGGGGCAAGCAGCAGUACUUGCUGAAAGCAUUCCUCAUCGGUUUGUAGUUCCCUUAGUUCUCUUUCUCUCAUAUGCGAGCCAUACACUGCCCCGCCGUGUCUUUAUCAUUGUAACGAUGCAAGGGGCAUCAUGGCCCAAAAUUUCUUUCCUGAGUUGACUCUGGGUCCCGAAUUUCAUCACACUCCUGGUCAUUGUGGGCAUGUGUCUUGACUCUGAAGAUGGAAGGGCAGCUGUUGGGUUAGAAUCAAGCAGAGAUGUGUACCAUGUGUGGACUCCUGGGCAGUUGGGGUCCUAUUAUCGAUGACAAAGUGUCGCUACCGUAGUUAUUUUGAUUACAGCGGUGAUGAGAGAUGAGCAGUAGUUCUCACACACGAGGAAGCUUCCAAGAGAGCAGAUUGUUUUUCACGAGUGGCUGUCCGUGGAUUCAAAUUCUCGAUCACCAUUUGUUACGAGGUCCAGAAACUCGUCUCCAACUUGUCGAAGUAAAGGGAACACCGGGUGGUUGGUAGAUGGAGGAUUUCUCUGCUGAAAGAGUCUCGGUUUCAAGGAGGAGACAUCCUGUCGUAAAAGAGAGAGACAGGUGCUGAGGAGCUGUCAGUGAAAUCCAUUUUUGUAUUCUUUGAAGAGCUAAUAAAAAAAAUGUUGCUU